AUGAAUCGCGAUAACAGACACCUCAAUACCGUGCUGCGGCACUACCAAGACCCUCACGAUGCCUCCAAGACGGAGCAGAUCCUCGGCUCGACCGUCCACCUCCUCACCGAGCUCUCCAACCCGCUGAAUCUCGGCGUCCUCACGUCGCAGCUCCUGACUGCGCCGGCAGUAUGGCACCAGCACGGCGGGGUUCGAAACUCGAUCCGGAUCAUGAGCGUUUACAACACCGCCGCCACACGCAUACAUAACUACGAGGUCGCGUGGAGAGAGGGCGGUGAUGACCGCGAAGGAGGCGGACUGGGCUGCGAGGAAUGGGCCCGAGCCGUGGCGAAGGGCGCCGACGAUCGGUCGAGGCGGUGGCAGCAUCUUCUUGUCCUUACCGGAGUGCUUAUGGGCAUGGAGGGGGACGAAAGACGAUCACUAUCGCGAAGCCUGAGGAAUACCUUGGAGGGAGCAGUUGUCACCGCGGCAAACUUGGCGCUGGAGACCCAGCUCGCGGAUGGCCCUGUGGCCGGAGCCUCCAUCGUCAUGGCCCUCAACUUCGCUUUUCCGUUGAUCUCCGACUACCACAGAAGUCUGAUCAACUGCAACGCGCUGUUGCCGCUGGCCGUAUGGGCGAUUACGGCAGAGGAGGGCUUUUGCCAAGGACAGUUCCUUGCAGACAUUGGUGCCGAAGUCGCCGAGUCCCCCAGCCAUCAACUGGCCUGGUCCCCUAUGACGCCCUCGUUCCGUCAGCUCCAAGAACUGGACAAGCGCCCGAUUAUGGCAAAUAUGGGCCCUCUGGCCAAGCUCACGGGGUACGUCGUGCAGCAGGUCACGGACACCAGGGUCGUGCUUCAGGCCCAGGAUGCUCUUCUCGACUUCACUUGCAAAGUAUUAGGUGCAUGGCAGAGAAACCGACUAAGCGAGGUCGAUCCGGCAAUUGAGGGGGCCGCAUUAACUCCUGAGACGCUGAGCAGCACCUGGCCGGCUCUGUGGGCUCUGUUAAGAAAACUCAUGUUUGGAGUUGUCGCUAUGCUGCAAUCCAUCGUGUCUCGGAGUCUACUCGACCCUUAUAUGCUGAACGACGUGGCCGCUCCCGGGAUUGCCACCAAGUCGCUUCAUAUUCUACGGAACCUUUUCUUCAUCUCCUCCCGGAACGGCAACAAUGCUUUCCAAGUGUACACCUUCACUUACCUGACAUCCAUCGAUGUCAUAUCUCGCAACGCGGUCAUAGCUUCCUCCUUGCUCCAUGAAAUCCGUCCCGCGGAGAAUGCUCCUGUCUUCACAUCAUAUCUUCAGGGAGUCUUGGACCUAUUCUACCUAAACCUAGCAGAGCAUCUUCCUCUGACGCUGCCAACCGCAGCUUGCGAGACACUCAUCAUCAAGCCUGCAACAGCGUACAUGUCUCAUGAGGGAGCGAUGACCUCAUCUAUGAUAGAGCUUUUCGAGUCUGCUCAUAGUGCAGUUCUAUCGACCCUGUCCUGUCCCCAACAUAGCGCGCUCACGAUCCAAAUAACGCCGUUUUACGUUAUCAAGCUCUUCGAAUCGUUCCCGCAACAGAUCUCGCCCCGUCAGUUCCGAGUGGCCUUCAAAACAGUCAUGCAAAUUGUAUCGCCACCUUUCCCCAUCGCGGAAAUGGAACCUCAAUUUUCGGAGACCCUGCUGGAGAUGCUCCGGUCCUAUACUACGGCGGCAUCAACAACCCCCAUUCCUCCCAAGCCAGAUGCGGUGUCACAGGCAGCCUCUUCUGAGCAAGAAGAAGAGCCUCUCUCUCAGCAAAGCUCGCUGACCCUUGCGCUGGUCGACUCUUUGCCGUUUCUCCCGCUUCCUUUGCUAGAGGAAUGGCUUACCAUUGCUGCACAAGCCAUGUACGAAAUAGCCGAUCCGGCACUACGGGAGCCUGUCAAGAACCGGCUCUUGGAAAUCCUAGUGAGCGGUGAAAUGGAUGUGGAACGAGCAGCUAUCGGGGUUGCUUGGUGGGGUACCCACGGGGGUCGAGACCUGGUGUUCUCGGGAGGGAACCAGCCGGCCAUGAUGAGCGGAGCUCUUGGUGCCGACAGGACAAGCCGGCUAUGA